CCCCGCCCACCCCAGCAGCACUUCCUGUACGAGCUCCGGAAGCUGAGGAGACAACGAGAGUUGCCGGUUGAGCCUGGGAAGAUCCGUGUUGCCCGCUGCUGUGAUCACAGGAAGAGACCAUGAGCACAGGUUUGAGCUUGGAAAAAACAUCUUCCUUCAGGAAAAAGCUGAAGUCUGCGCCCCAGUUCCUGCUGGCUCAGAAUGUUGCGACAAACAGUGAUCCGCUGGAGGUGUGUCUGCAAAGGCAGACCGUCCAGGACAGUGUGCACGUCUUUCAACACACCAUCCCCGCUGAGGGCAAACCAGUCACCAACCAGAAAAACUCAGGUCGGUGCUGGAUAUUUUCUUGCCUAAAUGUAAUGAGAUUACCGUUUAUGAAGAAAUUUAACAUUGAAGAAUUUGAGUUCAGCCAAUCUUAUCUGUUUUUUUGGGACAAGGUAGAGCGUUGCAAUUAUUUCCUGAAUGCCUAUGUUGAAACCGCACACCUGAAUGAGCCAAUUGAUGGGAGGCUUAUGCAGUUCCUGCUUUCAAAUCCCUGCAAUGAUGGAGGCCAGUGGGACAUGCUGGUUAAUGUAAUCGAAAAAUAUGGCGUUAUCCCAAAGAAGAGUUUCCCUGAAUCCCACACAUCGGAAGCUACUCGCAGAAUGAACGACAUCUUGAACCACAAGAUGAGGGAAUAUUGCUUGCGACUGAGGAACAUGCUCUCCAGCAGCUGCACAAAGGAAGAAAUCUCUACAGCUUUGGACACUAUGAUAGAGGAGGUAUACCGAGUGGUUAGUAUCUGUGUUGGGAGCCCUCCAGAAACCUUCACCUGGGAGUUCAGAGACAAGGAGAAGACGUACCACAAGAUUGGACCCAUCACUCCCCAAGAUUUUUACAAGGACCAUGUUAAACCCAUUUACAGUGUGGAAGACAAGAUCUGUGUUGUGAAUGAUCCUCGUCCACAAAACAAAUAUGGCAAAUUGUACACUGUGCAGUUCCUGGGGAACAUGGUGGAAGGCAGGAGAACACUUUAUAUUAACCAACCUAUUGAAAUAUUGAAAAAGUCGGCAGCUGAUUCAAUAAAAGAAGGAGAGGCGGUGUGGUUUGGAUGUGAUGUCGGAAAACAUUUUCAUGGAAAACUGGGGAUCAAUGACAUGAACAUAUUUGACCAUGAGCUGGUGUUUGGUCUGUCCGUCAAGAACUUGAACAAGGCAGAGAGACUAAUUUUUGGAGACUCGCUGAUGACACAUGCCAUGGCGCUGACAGCCGUCACAGAGAAGGAGGGCGAAGAAGGAGAAUAUGAAAAAUGGCGAGUAGAAAACUCAUGGGGAGAUGAUCGUGGAAAUAAAGGCUAUCUUAUCAUGACCGAUGACUGGUUCUCAGAGUAUGUCUAUGAAGUUGUUGUAGACAAGAAGUACAUACCGGAGGAAGUUCAGGAGGUUCUAAAGCAGGAAGCUGUGGUGCUACCAGCCUGGGACCCAAUGGGCGCCUUAGCUUAGGGGAAAAAUAAUCACAAAUGUUCCUACUGUCCUCUCUUCACCAUCAAGACUAGAAAUGUCCUACUUAUGUCUCUAUGUAGCACUGGAAACAUACACUCAACAGUACACUGCAUGACAAAGAAACGGGAUGGACAUGACACCCCAGGGGACUGCUGCCUACACCCACCACUCAGGAAGAGCAUCUCUUCAUUCCGCUCAUCAGACAUUUUUAUUAUUGUAUCAGUUUCUCUAUUUCUAUUCAUUCAUUUGCACCAAGUAUGAUCAAUUGGAGCCUUGUUCAGGUUCAGAAGCUCUACUAAUUAUGAUGGCAGAAUCUGCAUAUUGAUGAUGAUUUGUAUAUUGUUGGGCACCAGAGGUACUGAAAAAGGGAUAUAAAUUUUCUUGUGUCUUUUCCCUCUAGAAAUAUCACAGAACAGUGAGAGUUGCAGAUACUGCUCUUUGGUACGUACACCUCUCUAAAUUCUUAAGCCUGGGACACACUGUGCGGAUCUAUCUGCAGAUCAGAUAAACACAUGCCGUACACGCUGAGCUUGUUUUUAGCUCAGUGUGUAUGUUUUUCUAUGGGAUCGGGAGAUCGGGCAUCUUAAGUUUUAAACAGCUAGAAGAUGCGACCUUCCCAUUUGACCUUUAAGCUGUUUAUUGCCUAACGCUCCUGCGUACACACCAAUACAAUUGUCAGGCCAAUUGAACUAUAUCAGGUGUUAGCCCCGAUCACUGUACAGGUGUAGCACUUACUUUAUACUCCAAAUCUUUUAGAAGACAACUGAAGAUUCAUUAGUAAGAAAACAUGUUGAAAUAUUGAGACAAAUGUGUGUGUACAAGCCACUCAAAAAUUGAGUUUUAAUUGAUUUAAAUUCCGCUUGACUACUGAAAGCUGAAUGACUGCUAUAAUAUCAGUCCAUGAAUACUGUGGAUUCACCAGAUUCAAUGGAAUGGGUGCUGUGGCUUAACCAAUUUGAAACCAGGGUGCAAAGUACUCACCAUCUGUAGUCAAGCAGGAGAUCUUGUAAUGGCGUAUUGCCUAUUAUGUUUUUAGUGUUUAGUGUUCGUUUUCCUAGUCAUGUAGCUCACUUCAGAGUGCUUCAUUAGUGAUACCUACUACUGUACUUUAAUUUUUUUAUUAAGUAUGAUCGUUAAAUCAUUGAAAUGCAACCUGAUAUACUCCAGGGGCCCCAUAAGUGGCCUUCUAACCUUCAAAGUGCUGCAGAUUGCCAUUAAGCACAGUGAUAAGUUAAAACAAUACAUUUAAUCAAAGAAAUCUCUUGCCUGUAAUAACAUAUUGGCAUGCAUUUUUAACAAGGAUUUCAAGCUAUAACAGAUAAAUAUGAUAAUAGAGGAGCAAGAAGCUGGGCCUGCAAGUGAAAACUUGUUAGCCAUCAAUGCCUUAAGUGGGUAACAUUUUUGGUAAAAAAAUAAUAAUAAUAAUAAUAAUGGCUGAGGGAAAUCCUCUGGGAUAUAAUAGUUGGCCAAAAAUGUUGAUCAUAGCUUUUAGUCUACUCACAAACUGUUGUAUACUGUAUCCUUUGUGCACGUUAUAAAGAUAUUACAAAUCACUGUGGGGCUUUGGGCCACUAGUACGUUUAUAUUCAUUAGAAUCCUCCAAUAGGACUUACUCUUUGAAGCAGUGUAUAAAAUACCAAAUUAAUGAUGUAUUUCAAUCUCGGCAGAAUUUUAUAUCUGAGGGCCUACCAAUAAAAUUUAGGGCUGGUCCUGGCAAUGCCUCUUCAGCCUCCCACUCUGUUCUCACAUUAGUGGAGUGUGAUCCUCAUUUGAACAGGCACCAGACUCCUAAGAACAAGUCCAAGGCACUUGGCAUGUGACCCAGCAUUGCCAGGCACCCUAGUCCUCUAGGCUCCAUAGGAACUGCGCCACAUCUGAAGUGGCAGUAACUCCAACAUUAUCUGUCACCCAAGCAGAUGGUGAUUUCAGUAAGCAAAAUAAAAUGGCUGCCCAGAAGAGAGAGUGAGCAGUAAGUAACGGCAAACUACAUCAGACAGCUUUAUGUCUCUUUACACUUUAUGUAUCGGGCUGUAUUUUUAGUUUGGAUGUAAUUUAGGCAUUAAUAUGCGAUGAUGUCAGACAGCCAAGCCAGAGCUCAAGCACUUGUGGUUUGUAGUUAAUUUUAUGCUUUUAUUCUUGUUUCCUACUUUUUAUUAUUUUGUCUGAUUUUAGAUGGUGCUUUUGAAAUUUUUAAUAAAAAAAAAAAAAAGGAAA